AUGCUCAGAGCAUGGGCUUGGCAGGACUCAGUCUGCCUCUACAUGCCGCCAACGCCUGCCACUUGCGUGCCGCCCAGUGACGAGGAGACCGGCGAUGCAGACCAUGCUGCGGCCAGCUCGAGUACCCUGCCGUCCAAGGGAUCUCUGCUGCAUGGCACCGGCAACUGCAAACCUUGCGCUUGGAUGUGGAAAUCACAAGGCUGCUUGAACGGAGCCCUCUGCCCUGCUGGAGAGAUAAAGCGGCGCAAGAAGGAGCAGCUGAAGAGGCUCACGGUUCCAAGGUGCAAAGACGAAAACGGCGAAGAGGAGGACGAGGAGGAGGAAGAGGAGCAGGAAACAGCAAAUGCACUCAACGUGCUUCAGAUGGGAUCGAGCUCUUCGGUGAUCGCCCCGCUGCUUUCGGCAACCUCACUGCCUCCGGUGCCUCCACCUUUGUCGCCCCCCUCCGUGAACUUCCUCGAGGACGUAGUGCCACCUGCUCCGACCUGGGAAACCUUGAAAGAACAGGAGCCCCUGGCCUCUGUAGGUUCUGCGCUGCAUGGAACAGGGAACUGCAAGCCUUGCGCAUGGUUCUGGAAGCCGCAGGGCUGCCGGAAUGGAAGAGAUUGCGGGCACUGUCAUGUAUGCCCGCCUGGUGAGUCCAAGAUGAGAAGGCAGGUGAAGCUGGCGGCGCUUCGUGCGCAAGAGCCGCACUUAGACCCUCAGGAAGCGGAUGCUGUUGAAUUGCCUGAGCUCACGUGGCGGCCUCCCCCUGGCCUGGAGCCGUGCCCACCGCCCAUGGCCCCACCCAUGCCUCCAAGCUUGCCGGAACAGCCUCAGCCACCUCAGCCUUUGGACUUCUGGAGCAAGGCCAAGUCGGGCUGUGGGGCGAGGACUGCCGGCAUCGUGCUGCAGCCGAUUGAGCGGCCCGCGGAGCAACUCGAAGCAGCCAUCGAUGCCCCGACGAGCGAGACCCGGCCCCCGGUGAUUGACUGGAGUUUACCCCUUCCAGACUCUCCAAAGUCCAAGCCUAUGGCAUUUCUGGGCAAAAGCUUCGGACAGCGUCAGCUGUGGACCGACCACAUUGGCCAGAAGCCUGACAUUGCGGUUGACAAGCCCGAGGAUCCUUGUGAAGAGAGUGGUGUAAAGCGAGCCUCCACCUUGCGGCUCCCAGCUUUGGAUGGCUCUUGCCCACGAGUUCACUCUGGAGUAGCUCUUGAACGUUUGCCCUCAGAAGAUCUCGGUGCUCUGCAGGCAGAUGACUUGGCUGACCUACCGUCCGUGGGAUCGGUGCUGCAUGCAAAAGGCUGCUGCAGUCCGUGUGCCUGGGUCUGGAAGCCGCAAGGAUGCCACAAUGGAAGGAACUGCGGUCGUUGCCACUUGUGCCCACCAGGGGAAGUCAAGCUGCGCAAGAAAGCCAAGGCAAGGGAAGCACGAAGUGCAGCCAAGGAAAUCUUCAUGCCAGCUAUUCUGUGA